AUAUAUUGAAGCGCUUCCAAAAAACUAGAGGCAGAGGAAAUAUAAGGGAUAUUAAGUCAAAGGACGAUAGAUGUCUCCGAAAGCGGCCAAGCGGAGCACCUAAGCCGAGCGUUUCUGCACUGCGUCCUGAACACGCAUCGGCUACUACCUAUCAUCCGUCGAUCCACGCUGCCUUUAUCGAAGCUAGAGUUAGAAAUUAAUCUUAAGCGUACAAAUAUUUACGAGUAAUCACACGCUUAAGCUUAUUUCGCGUCACAAAUAUUUUUACUCAGACGUCGCC